AUGGUGACAGUGGCUGGAGCCAUGUUAAUGACUUUGUACAAAGGACAUGUUAUUAAUUUGGUAUGGUCAAAUAAUAUUCACGCAAAUACUUCAAAAGUCCCUCAAGCCAAUGAAGCAACAGAUAAAGAUUGGUUCAAAGGUCCAAUGCUUCUCAUUGGAGCCAUUUUUGCCUGGGCUUCUUUCUUUAUAUUUCAGGAAAAUACAAUGAGGAAGUACACUGCUCCUCUGUCUCUAACUACACUUGUUUGCUUCAUGGGAACUCUACAAUCUAUUGCUGUCACCUUAGUGAUGGAGCACAAAUCCUCUGCUUGGGCUAUUGGUUUUGACAUGAAUCUUUUUGCUGCUGCCUAUGCUGGUAUUGUAUCAUCAAGCCUUGCAUACUAUGUUCAAGGUCUUGUAAUGGAGAAAAGAGGGCCUGUCUUUGUGACUGCUUUUAGUCCCUUGAUGAUGACCAUUGUUGCCAUCAUGGGACAAGUUUCUAUUAUGCAAGAAUGGAGAAGGAAAUCUACUGGCUGGUCACGGCAGCAUGUGUUUGCUUUUGCAUCCCCAGUCCUGUGCAGGGAUCAUAAUAUUGCGGAAGCCAUGGCUGCACUGCUUGCUAUCAAACUGUGCACGCGGAGGGGCUAUCAGCAUUGUGUUAUAGAGAUGGACUCUAAAAUUUUUGUUGCUAUGCUGAAGAAUUAA